CAUGCAAAACAAAAAUGUAAAUGUUUUUCUUCUCAUGGUUCUAAAAAUGGUACUUUAACGGCUUUACUGUGUAUGUAUUAAUUUGCUUGCAAAAUCGCAGAGAUUUUCGCGAUUAGGCCUACAUCAGCUCCAACCGUCAUGUCGAAUGCAAUAGGCCAAAUUUCCCGCAUUUUUCUACGUCACCGAAGCAAGUCAUCGAACCGCGAGACCAAAACCACAGGGCUUGACGAUGACGACAGUAACAGCAUCAAGUCAAGCGAGGGCGCUAUGAUGGUGCCGGUGUCGACAUUGUGUAACAACGUUGACGACGAUCAAACGACAAGUGGGGAACUUCCGGCAGAGGAAGAAAUAAAUGGGGACACAGCGCCCCCUGUCGCACAACAGCUCGAGGAGGAGAUCGAGCGCCAGAGAAAAGCACUACAGCGAGAAUUUGACAUGGAAAGGAUGCACAGGGAACUGCUCCACAUCGAGGUGGAGAAACUGCACAUGGCCCGCGAGAACCAGCUGAUGAACCGGCAGUUCAUGGCGGUGCUGAAGGAGCGGCGGGAACUAGAUCGGGAGAGGAAAGAAAUGAUCGCGGCCGCGGUGGAAGUUUGGAGGGAACUAUCAGGCAACGAGAAUUUUAAAAGUAAAAAGGCGCAUAACGUCAACGAGGCCAUUUCUAAGGCUCUCCACCAACCAGCGUCCGUCACUAAGAUAAAGGAGGCGGAGCCUCGCCUGCUGAGGCGACUGCGCAUGUGCCAGAACGCGAGCGAGGUCCGUUGUUUCCAGGCCGACCUGAAGAAGAAACAAGAGGCGCUGUUUCAGCUGCUGCUGAAGUCCGAGACCAUGAUGGCGACCAGGUCGUACCACCGGCCGAGGGGCAAAGACCGGGGGAGCAAGGAGGGCGCCGACAAGCCGAAAACCGGCCCACCCGUCCCGCCCAAAACCGCAGUCAAACGGUCCCGGCUGGGCGACCCUAAAGUGGGCAGCCCGCGGCCCGUGGUGAACCCACCACCACCGCCGGUCACGGCCCCGGCCGACCAAACGCCGGUGGCGAACAACUUGCAGCCAAUAAGCGAGGAGGGCGUGAACGCUCCGCCGACCAAUGAGCGAAGGGAGGACGGCGUGCCGGCCAAUAGGGAAACGGAGCGCUCGCGCUCGCGCCCGCGGAACGUUCUGACGUGGAAUUUGGACGUGCAGGGGAUACGAGAAACAGCAAUAUGACGACAACCAAAAUUCAUCUUUCUUUGAAAGAGUAUCCUGAAGCCCUGGCUAAUUGCCGUUCCACGGUUGCGAAAACAUGCUGCAUUAUAAAUAUAAUUAUCUGGACAUAAAAGGGCACAGUCCUAGAAGGAUUUUAUUUAGUGGAUAUUAUGCUUUAUUUAUUGUUAUAACGAAUUGUAUUACAUUUCGGACCACAACAAUCUUUUGCUUAAUUUUAAUACUUUUGGGGAUUAUAAUGACUUAGAUGGUUCCGGUGUUAUUUAAGGAAUGCUUGCUAUAGGAAUCAACAAAAUAUGUCUUGGUCUUAAAACACUUAAUGUUAGGCCCAAUACUCUCCGUUACAAAUUAAAGAUUAACAAGGAAUUUUGGACACUCAAUUUAGAAAACAGUCACUUUUCCCCCACACACUACUAGCUGCUGCAUAAGCCAAUACAGUGUGCGUGAGUAAUCAAAAUGUGUUACAAGAUGCCCGAUACCAGUUUAUAUUAUUUAUCAUCCCCAAAAUGCACCUCCCUCUGAGACGCAUAAAGAUGGUAUAAUUACUGGAGGCUUAUUAAUUAUAUUAAAAAAACAUUGAUGGAAACGAGACAUCACCAAGUA